UUUUUUUUGCGGUACGCGGGCCUCUCACUGUUGUGGCCUCUCCCGUUGCGGAGCACAGGGUCCGGACGCGCAGGCUCAGCGGCCAUGGCUCACUGGCUCAGCCGCUCCGCGGCAUGUGGGGUCUUCCCGGACCGGGGCACGAACCCGCGUCCCCUGCAUCGGCAGGCGGACUCUCAACCACUGCGCCACCAGGGAAGCCCCAAGAGUCACUUUUUUGAUUGGUGUUCAAACAAUAUUAAAGCUUACCCUUAUAUGGGGUUUAUGACAUGUGGACCAUUGAUUUCAGUCUCGUGUAUACUGUUGACCCUCCGGAUCUGUGGAUUCCUCCUCUGGGGGUACAAGUGGAGACGAUUGUAGCCUCCUCAACUAUGUCUAAGAUGCUGUAUCAGGAUGUUUACCAAUUUGGUCAGAAGCUGAUCCGCAGGCGGCCUCUGGAGCCCAGGGAAGAGUCUGAGAGCUGCAUGGCUCGUUGUCUGAACACCUUAGACCUGGUGGCCCUGGGCGUGGGCAGCACCUUGGGAGCUGGUGUGUACAUCCUGGCCGGUGAAGUGGCCAAGGACAAAGCUGGGCCAGCGAUUGUCAUCUGCUUCCUGGUGGCCGCCCUGUCUUCUGUGUUGUCUGGGCUCUGCUAUGCAGAGUUUGGGGCCCGGGUACCAUGCUCUGGUUCUGCAUAUCUCUACAGCUAUGUCACAGUGGGACAACUGUGUGCCUUCAUUACCGGCUGGAACCUCAUACUGUCCUAUGUCAUCGGCACUGCCAGCGUGGCCCGGGCCUGGAGCUCCGCUUUUGACAGCCUGACUGGGAACCACAUCUCUCACGUGUUACAGGGAGCUUUCUCUCUGCACGUGCCCUACUCCCUGGCCAAGUACCCAGACUUUUUUGCGCUGGGCUUGGUACUGCUGCUUACGGGGGUGCUGGCUCUGGGAGCUCGCGAGUCGGCCCUGGUUAACAAAGUGUUCACAGGCUUGAACCUUUCGGUUCUCAGCUUCAUGGUCAUCUCUGGCUUCGUCAAGGGAGAUCUGCACAACUGGCAACUCACAGAACAGGACUACAAAUUGAACACAUCUGGAUCCAAUGACACCUCUAGAUUGGGCCCUCUGGGUUCUGGAGGGUUUGUGCCUUUUGGCUUCGACGGGAUUUUCCAAGGAGCAGCUACAUGUUUCUACGCAUUUGUUGGUUUUGAUGCCAUUGCCACUACAGGGGAAGAAGCCCGAAAUCCUCAGCGAUCCAUCCCCUUGGGCAUUGUGAUCUCGCUCCUCAUCUGCUUUUUGGCAUAUGCUGGUGUCUCGGCGGCACUCACCCUCAUGGUGCCCUACUACCAGAUUCAUCCUGACAGCCCCUUACCACACGCUUUCCUCCAUGUCGGCUGGGCCCCUGCCAGAUAUGUCGUGGCUGUUGGCACCCUCUGUGCUCUUACAUCCAGCCUCCUGGGUGCCAUGUUCCCUAUGCCUCGUGUCAUCUACUCAAUGGCAGAUGACGGGCUCCUCUUCCGGGGACUUGCCCAGAUCCAUGCCCGUACACGCACCCCCAUCAUGGCCACCUUGGCUUCUGGAACUCUUGCAGGGGUCAUGGCAUUACUUUUCGAGCUCAGUGAUCUCGUGGACCUCAUGUCAAUCGGAACCCUGCUGGCUUAUUCCCUGGUGUCUUUUUCUGUUCUUGUCCUCAGGUACCAACCAGACCAGAAUUUAAGCGGGAUUGAGAAAACAGAGAAAGAAACUGAGAUGAAGCCUGUAGUUGAAGAAAGCCCUUUGGAAUCUGUACCUGAAGCAGGAACCUCAAAGAUUCUCAAGAGUCUGUGUCACCCUCUCCACACCGUCCCCACCCUGAAAUCUGGCCAGAUUAUCUAUGGAAGUGCCUCACUCCUUGUUCUCCUGCUGACGACCCUGAGCCUGAUACUGGCCCAGUGGCCCAGCCACGUGUUCUCUGGAGACCCCGUGUAUACAACAGCAGCUGUGCUGCUGUUACUGCUCACCACUGGGCUCACUGUCAUCAUUUGGAGGCAGCCCCAGAGCCCCACUCCCCUUCACUUCAAGGUCCCUGCGUUGCCUCUUCUCCCACUCAUGAGCAUCUUUGUGAAUGUUUACUUGAUGAUGCAGAUGACCUCUGGGACUUGGGCCCAAUUUGCUGUCUGGAUGGUGAUUGGAUUUGUCAUAUACUUUGGAUAUGGCAUCCGACACAGCUUGGAGAAGAAUAAUCAACAGCCACCAGCCUCCAACUCCCAGACUUUUGACAAAAACAUCCCUGGUGCUGAAUCACCUUAACCACAGGCAAUAGACGCUGUGUGGAAUCCCACCGUGCACUGGAGGUAAGAAGUGGAUUUAUUUAGAGAGAAACACACUUCCCAGACAGACUGUGGGUCAUCUUGGAAGGUGAGAGAGGCGUCAGGGGUACGGGGUUGUCGGUUUUUAUAGGGGUGGGUAAUUUCAUAGGCUGAGUGGGAGGAGUAUUCCAGCUAUUUUGGGGAAGGGGUGGGGAUUUCCAGGAAUUGGGCCACUGCCCACUUUUUGAUCCUUAUCAGUGUUGGAGCUGUCACGGUGCCUGUGGUUACAUCAUUUAGCUUGCUGAUGUGUUACAGUGAGGGUAUACUGUAUACUGAGGCUCAAGGUCUAGUGGAAGUUGAUUUGUCUACUAUCUUGGAGCGAUUUGGUUCUAGUCAGUUUAUGUCAUGUCCUCGGGCUAUGUCAUUCUUUCAAAGGUUAUGCCCUGCCCCUUCCCCUCCUAUUU